AUGGACGAACCACAGUCCUCCACCUCGCCACCAAUUUCACCCAGGAAGGGUGCCCGGAUUGGUUUUUCCCUCCCGCGGGAAUCCGAACAAUCGCAAAAGAGUUCGAGCGGGCCCCCCUCAAGCCGCCUCUCCCGCCUCUCCGCCUCCUCCGACGCUCCCUCGGUUAUCCAAACGGACCGGUCAGUCCGGCGGAGCCGCACUUCUCACAAUGGCGUUCACUUCGAGUCGGGCGAGAUCCCAAGUCACGAGAGCCAGAUGAAUCUGACGGCGCUGAUGGAGCUGCGCAAGGCGUUCCUCAGUGCAGACAUCGACGGUUCAGAAGAGCUGGACGAAGAGGAGUUCGUCCGAGCGUUUAAGAACAUCAAGGCCCUGGGCAAGGGGAUGGAUGAGCAACAGUUGACGCACCUGUUCAUGAAGAUCGACGCCAACAGCGACGGGUCCGUCGACUGGGUUGAGUUCACGGACUACCUUUUACUGCAGCAGCUUGCCAUGAGCGACGAGGCGGCCGCGGGCGACCACACUUACGUGAAGCAGCGAGUGCCCGCUCAUAAGCCCACCGAAGUCGACGAGAACGCGCGCGGGGACUCGGGACACAGCUUUCUCGCGCGCGGGGGGUUCGCGCUCGCGGCGACCAUGCCCCCUCUGAUCCAGAAGAUUGGCUACAUCAGCAGCUUUCACCAGUACGUCACGGCGUCACAAGACGGCCUGAUCAAGCUGUGGAGCCCCGUCACGCUGCAACCCGUCCGGACGAUCAACAAUGGUCCGGCGUGGAUCACGGACAUGCAGGUGUCCGAGAGUAUGCGGACGCUGGUGACGUUGGGUAUGGACAGAAGCCUGUCGUUCUACAGCACAGCCCGGCCGACCCUGGACAAAGUGGGUCGGAUCCAGAACAUAGAAACGGUGCCCAUGACCGCGCUCUGGGUGCCCGGGGAACGGGAGCGGCUCUUGUACGGAGACGACAAGGGCGCGCUGUACGACCUGCAGUUUGCGGACGAGUGGGGCACAAAGCCCGGCAGCGGGGCCCCCCCGGUGGUGGCGGAACACACGUUGCCGGGGAUCAAGAUUUCGGCGCCGUGGAAGGUGCACAAGAACUGGGUGACGCGGCUCAAGUACAUCUCGCACUCUGCGAGUCUUUUGAGUUGCUCAUUGGAUGGGUACCUGAAUAUGCUGGACUACGAGAAGCGGGAGGUCAAGUGGGCGGCUAAAGAACACCAAAAGGGAGUCUACGCCUGCGACUACUGCAGGAGCUUCAACUUCAUCGUCACGUGCGGGGUGGAGCGCAACAUCCUGCUGUGGAGCCCCUACUCGGCGCGGCCGCUCGCGACGCUGCAAGGACAUUCGGCGCCGGUCAUGGACGUGUUCGUGAACGAGAGCGAGGCGCAGAUCCUGAGCCUGGGCGCGGACAAGGUCGUCAAGGUGUGGGACUUCCGGACCAACCGCUGCAUCCAAACGCUGUCCGAGCCCGGUGUGAAUACGCCCAGCAUCACGGCGCUGUUCCAAAACCCCGAAACCCGCGCGCUCGUCGCGGGUGGCCUCGCGCUUCAACAGUGGAACCAGAAGAAAGCGAAGGAAGUGCUGCCCAGCCAAGUGUGCACCGCACUGUAUAACGCGAACUUUAGACAGCUGGUGGUAUUGGAGGCGGAAGGCGCGAUCACGGUGUGGAACGUCGACGACGGGGAGCGCGUAUUUACUUUCAGUGACCCGCUAAACAAGGCAAGCAAGAUCAGCGCUGCUGUUUUCGACCACACGGGGCGGCGGCUCCUUGUGGGGGGCCAGGACGGGUCGGUCCGCGUUUGGAACUUCAACAACGGGGCGUGCCUCAAGACGUUUGUGGGAUUUGGCGACAUGGAGGUGACGUGCGUGGCGUCAGUCGUGGAGACGAAGGCGUGCUUCGUCGCCGCAGCUGGCUGGAACGCGCAUGUGUGCGUGUGGGAGGAUUCGCACACGGACACCGUCACCAACCACAAGAUGUUCGUCGGACACGCGGAUGACGUCAGCUGCAUGGCGAUGGUCGCGCCCGGGGUGCUGGCCACCGGGUGCCAGGACGGGAAGGUUAUAGUGUGGAAAAUGGACGGCACCAUUCGGACGACCCUGAAGCGCGAGGACCGCGCGACGGAGGCCCUCGAGCGGACGUCCGUGCUCGCGCUGUGUCCGCUUCCGGCGCAGGCGCAGACCCUGGCGGUCGCCGGAACGGACGGGAAGGUUGCCAUCUGGCGGAUCGCGGACGCUUCUUUAGUGUAUCUAUUAGACACCGGACACAUGGGGACGCUGGGGCCAAUGGUGUCAACCCUAGAUAAUAAGACGCUCUUCACAACCGAUACCUCCGGCACAAUCAAGUCGUGGGACCUUUCUUCCGGCACGUUCCGGCGGCAGACGAACCUGGACGGAACGGCACGGCGGAGCAGCCGCCGGCAGGUGACCGUCGGCCCAAUGCGCAUUAAAGAAAACUACUGCAUCCAAACGGAGGACGGAGAGAUGGUGGCGAUAGCUUAUGCGGACGCAGAGCGUAUGGUGCUCACGGCGUGCGCGAGCGGGUCCAGCCGACUUUGGACGUCCGACGGGGUGCCCAUCGGCCGAUUCGGACAAGAGAAGGCGUGGAACCUCAGGGAUCGAGGCACGUGGAUCUCUGAAAAACCUUCUUAUUCGCCCCUGAAUUCCCUGGCGGAGGUCGACGAAUCAGCGCCGCACACGUGGCACACUCUGGGCCGCGGGCUGACGAUGCCGCGUCUCGGGAGACUGCUCCUGGAACGGGACGAAGAGGCUUCGGAUGAGGAGAAUGAGGAAGACGAUUCCCCGGGGGUUGCCCCUGCGCAAGAAGAGGAGGAAAUUUUGUGGUCGGUAGAAGACCAGGUGGACCAGUUCUUAGAGGCGCACAAGCGGAAGGUUCACGGGACUUCCGUCAGCCUCCAAAAGCUGACGUCAGGCGGUUUGAAAGUCAAGGAUCUUGCCCCGAUAGAAUCAAUUAAGCACCUGUCACCGUCGAAGACUCCCCAGCAAACAUCACACCAUUGAAGCUUGAACUUGUCGACUAGCUUAUCUGACGUUAGAAAACGCAACUAGGAUCAAAUCUGAGGGUACAAGCACAUCUGGCUCUGCCUCAUAUGUGCCUAGUCAGCUUAGGAAUGAUCCUCCGGAGUUCUACUCUCAGGCGCUCGGAUCUUAUUUAAGGGUCAAGCAAAGUCGCAGUAAUCCUUUCCCUUACCGAGCUACAGACGUAACCAGGAAGUCGAGUCUUUGAGUCUGAAUGGGUUUUGGGCACCUGAAAGCGCGCUCCGAAGGAUGGAGAGCUACAGCGACAAAAGCAGGAUUCUCUCGUGUGCUCUUGCUGCCAACUUAUAAAGUCUAAGGCGGACGCAACGUGACAGCUCGCUCCUGGCUUACCCCUCACCAUGAUCAUUGAGCAACUGUCGGUCAACUUAAGAAACACAUCAGGCAUGGUUUACGAAGAGAUGAAACUUGUACCUUGCUUCGUUGCUGCUAAUAUUUGCAAAGAAUUCAGUCUCCUGUAGGACGGAAUGCCUGCCCAGCAGAUCUGUCGGUUGCAGACACGGUUCGAGCGAUUCAAAGAGCUAAUGAGCU